UUAUAAAAUCCUUCAGUCUCUCCCUCAUCUUCAGAGAUCAACCAUCUGCUCCCUGUCGCCCUCCAACGUUUCAAUCUUGAAUUGCCGUUCACUCUGCUCUCCUGUCUCCCUCCAACGUUCGAAACCACCCUUAUAAAAUCCUUCAGUCUCUCCCUCAUCUUCAGAGAUCACCCAUCUGCUCCCUGUCCCAGGUCAAUUUCUUCAACGUUGUGUUCUCUGUUUCUGACGUUCUGUUCUCUUGUUUCUGCCUCCACCCUUUCAAAAUCCAUUCAAUCUCUCCCUCAUCUUCAACUAAGAUCUACUAUCUAUUCACUGUCCCAUAUCAAUUUUUUCAAUUGAAAUGGGGAGAAGGAAAAUCGAGAUUAAAAAGAUUGAAUCCAAGGACCGUUUGAUGGUGACUUUCAGCAAACGGCGAGCUGGAUUGUUCAAGAAAGCCCAGCAACUUUCACAACUGUCCGGGGCAACUAUUGCUGUGCUUGUCUUCUCACCCGCUGGGAAGCCUUUCACCUUCUCUUCUGGUGGAAACUUUGAUGAGACGAUUGCUUCUUUUCAGGGAGGUCAAGUCCCAGAAUCCACAUCCCAACCUCUGUGGUGGGAAACAGAUUUGAGCUCCCAACCCACCGGGAACCCUUGCACCUCCUCUUCUGAUGGAAACUUUGAUGAGACGUUUGAUUCUUUUCUCGGAGAUCAAGUCCCAGAAUUCACAUCCCAACCUCUGUGGUGGGAAACAAAUUUGAGUUCCCAACCCACCGGGAACCCUUUCACCUCCUCUUCUGGUGGAAACUUUGAUGAGACGAUUGCUUCUUUUCAGGGAGGUCAAGUCCCAGAAUCCACAUCCCAACCUCUGUGGUGGGAAACAGAUUUGAGCUCCCAACCCACCGAGAACCCUUUCACCUCCUCUUCUGGUGGAAACUUUGAUGAGACGAUUGCUUCUUCUCAGGGAGGUCAAGUCUCAGAAUCCACAUCCCAACCUCUGUGGUGGGAAACAGAUUUGAGCUCCCAACCCACCGGGAACCCUUUCAUCUCCUCUUCUGGUGGAAACUUUGAUGAGACGAUUGCUUCUUUUCAGGGAGAUCAAGUCCCAGAAUCCACAUCCCAACCUCUGUGGUGGGAAACAGAUUUGAGCUCCCAAUCCACCGGGAACCCUUGCACCUCCUCUUCUGGUGGAAACUUUGAUGAGACGUUUGAUUCUUUUCUCGGAGAUCAAGUCCCAGAAUUCACAUCCCAACCUCUGUGGUGGGAAACAGACUUGAGCUCCCAACCCACCGGGAACCCUUUCACCUCCUCUUCUGGUGGAAACUUUGAUGAGACGAUUGCUUCUUCUCAGGGAGGUCAAGUCCCAGAAUCCACAUCCCAACCUCUGUGGUGGGAAACAGAUUUGAGCUCCCAACCCACCGGGAACCCUUUCAUCUCCUCUUCUGGUGGAAACUUUGAUGAGACGAUUGCUUCUUUUCAGGGAGGUCAAGUCCCAGAAUCCAAAUCCCAACCUCUGUGGUGGGAAGCAGAUUUGAGCCGCAUUGCUGAUCUGGAUCAACUCCAAGCAUGCAAGGAGUCAUUGCUGAAGCUUAGAGAAAAUGUUUUGGAAAGAAUCCAGCAACUACAACACCCGGAAAUGUAACAAUGUUUGUGGGUCCUUUGAUAGUGGUGCUAUGUUUUAGGUCUUUAAUCUGUGGUUAUUUUCUCAGUUAGGCUGACCAUUCAAGUCCAAAUAUAAACCCUACUGUAUAUAAUAGAAUGACUGUGAAAACUUCUUUUUUUCCAUGUAGUGCUGAAUGUUGAAGUCAA